AUGUCCUCGUGUCGGGCGGACGGUCGGCGCGCCCGGAAGACGGGGCCGGACUCGCGCUACAGUUGGGUGGUCGCGCUGGCAUGCGGCGGCGUCAACGUGUUCAUGCACGCCUCGGGCAAGGUGGUCGGCCUGCUGUUCUUCGGCAUGCUCGACGAGUUCGCCGUCAGUCGGGAGACGGCCGCGUGGCCGCUGGUUCUCAACAACACGCUGCUCAAUGUCGCAGCGCCUGCUUUCGGCUUCCUGUCCAAGUUCUUCCCCAUCCGCAACAUCAUCCUGCUGUCGUCGGCCAUCUCGUCAGUGUCCGUGGCUUUGUGCUUCUUUGUCUCUGACGUCUUCUACAUCUCUCUGCUUUUCGGCGUCAUCCACGGUGCAGCUACCUGCGGGGCCGUCCUGAUGACGCAGGUGUGCAUCAACCAGCACUUCAUCAGGAGGCGUGGCACGGCGGCUGGCGUCGUGUCGGCCAUCUCGAGCCUGAACUGCGUCAUUUUCCCUCCCCUGUACGAGUACUGGGUGAGCCACUACGACCUGCACUGGAGCUUCCUGCUUUUGGGCGCCUGCAUCCUCAACUCCAUGGCGUUCGGCUUCCUUGUGCGCUCCCCGAGCUGGCUCAUCGUCAACCCGGUGGACUAUUCGAAGCGCCGCAAGAGCAUCUUCACGCGGGCCAACGUGGCCAACAAGGGCCUGGCCAGCUGGAUCACGCACUUCAGCGAAGACAACAGCGACUCGUCCGACGAAGAAGGGCACCUGGAGGCUUCCCGCCACCUGUCCGGCUCGGUGCGCUACUUCUUCAGCGAGGGCGGCGGCAUCUCCACCUCGGACAGCCAGGCGCCGAUCGAGAUGAUGCCCGUCGCUCGCCGUGCCAGCAUCGCCGAGGAAGUGCUCCCCACGGGCGACGAGCGCGGCGGCGACUUGGGUCAGGUGCGCCAGGCGCACCAGCUUCUCAUCCGCACCCCGGACCCAGUGGCGGCGCACCCGCGCAUCCCCACCGGUUACACGCUCUGCAAGCCGCUCGAGCCGGCGCGCGGCGGCAACUUCCAGAUCAAGCAGGACGACGAACGCGACGGGAAGCGCAAGUUGUGGAAGAACGCCAAGACCUUCCUCACCAUCUCCUUCUGGCAUCUGACGCUCUCGCAGUUCCUCGUCCAGUUCGGCCUCGGCGUGUUCCUGCUGACCAUCAUCGACUUUGCAAACGACUGCGGCAUCGGUGCCAAGGACUCGGUGUUCUUCAUGACCUCCUUCUGCAUCGGGGACAUGCUCUCCCGCGUGCUCACGGGCUUGAUUGCCGACAGAGGAUCUGUGCACCUGGAGUUCUUGGUGGCGUUAGCCUACGUUCUUCAAGGCGUUUGCUACGAGUUUAUGUGCUACAUAAAGAGCUAUCUGUACCUACUACUACUAACCCUCGGAAUAGGCAUCAGCCAUGGCUCAAGGAUCUUCCUGCUCCCCAUUUUCCUCACGAGGAGCUUCGGACUCGGUGGGCUUUCUGUCAAUCUGAGUGUCGCUACUUGCAUCUGCGGUGUCUUGGCAUUAUUAAGGCCCUUCUUGAUCGGCUACUUCAGAGAUCAGCAGGGCACCUACAAGGGUCUGUACCACCUAAUCUGCAUUGUGAACAUGGCUGUAGCCGUUACGUGGUUCAUCAAAAUGCUGCUCAUCCGUAAAAAAGACAGAAUUCACCUACAAGGAAUCUAAGAAACCAAGACAAUAUUUAGAACGCGUCAGUUUUGUUUUCUAGGACUGAGAUCGCUUCAACGAAAAAUGUGCCUGAGGAUCAUGUUCGGCAGAGCCUUUUUUCCAUAGCUGCAGCGACGUUCACAGUGGAACUGCAAACGAAAGAAAAUGCAUAUUUUUCGUUCAGCUGACUUCCGAUAAUUUAUCAACCUGACGACGUAGUCCAUAUAAAGUACAAAUGCACUGUCUCUGCUUGUGUGUAUGUAGGUGCACCGCUACAUAGCGUGCUUUUUGUAGUGUUAACAUUAUUUUUUACACUUAGAGAAGCUUCGAAAGGAUUGCUUCAUGCAGAGAAGAUUAUUUGCAUGUGAAAUCGAAGUAGGUAAUGAACUAAUUAGCAAACUUUUGUUGAUUAAGUUUUCAUUUUUAUGUUUAUUGAAAACAAAGGCGUUUUGUUAAAAUAUUAAGCGGAAUAACAAGGCAUUUUUGCCACAAGUUUGACGGCGCUCAUCUGAAAACUGCUGCGAGUUUCAAAAUUGGUUUCGAUGGGUGAGAACUCUGUUUUCGAUUCCUAAAGUGUACCGUAAAGCAAUUAGUUGGAAAGGUUAUUAAUUAAAUUUUGGUAGCUUUAUUAAUAUGCAUUUUGAUUUUUUCUGCAACUAAUGUUCACCUCUUCGAGUAUUCUAUCUCAAUGGGUAGAUCUGUGCUAUAUUCUAAGGCGAUCUUUAAACAUUCUGUAAACUCUGAAAAUACUAGUAUAUGUAGCAUUAUGCUCGAAAUUAUGCUCAAUUCGUAGUUCUGUGGCAUCUAGGUCUUCUCGUCCUUUUGUUUGCCGUCUGCAUUUGAGCUUUUCAAGCUGCGCUUACAUGUGCAUUUGUACGACAUUUUGUUGCUGUAAAUCAUGUAAUUGUUAGAAUAUUUUUUUUGACAUAUUGGUACCAGGGUCAUCACAGAGGUGGGCGGGGAUAAUUAUUGCUCUGGCGGCUGCGUAGUCGCGAUUGAUUGAAAGACCUAUUAAUUAAAAUAUGAAUGUGGGCCGCUUUCACGGGUGAACAAAAAUGAAUCGCUAAUUACACGUAAAGUCGGAUGCACUGAGCCUACUAGAGUAAUUAUUUUUAAAGAAUAUUUUCGUCUACAAUCUCUAUAUCCCUCGCACUUCCCUGAAAUGAAUAGCCAGUGACGAAGAGAAACUACUUUGCUAAAUAUUCAUAAUGAAAUCUCAAACGGCAUUUGUUGACCUUGGAAAUAGAUUUUUCUGUUAUUAUUUUCCUAAAACAAUGGUUCAUAGACAUUGUAGCAGUGGAAAAUCAUACUCCACAAUCAGAAGCGUGUGAACACGACCUUCAGUACAAAGAAAGAGUAUUGUAGAAUCUUUGCAGAAGCAUAAAGAAAGCAGAAAAAAAAGCGUUAGCAUCGGAUACUUCCGAUCAGCCAGAGAUACCCUCUACAUAUCUCUAGCUUAACUAGCGCCUCAAUAUUCCUUCCAUGUGCAUAACAGCACAUCCAAAUAUACCACUGACUAUUUUGAUAGGAGUGGAAGAAGAUCGGCACAAUUAAGUUGGAUGAAAACCUCAACAACUCCAGCAGGCUCCUGGUAUACCAACAUCGCUUGCGCCUCGUCCAGAUCCGGUCUUAUCCCUUUCUUAGAGUUUACAUAGCUGACGUAAGUGACCUCAUAAAACAUCCGGAAGCGCAUUAUUUACUUGACAUCGAGGUGAGCAGUUGCUGUGGUGUAAAGAAGAGAGGCGCUUGAUUCUCACUAAAUGUACCGUGAGAAACACAGGCAUUGACCCUUUUCGCGGAGCAGUUUGUUCCAGAGAAACUAGAUGGCACUUCGCGCCGUACGUCGCCUCAGCGUCCGCGUACGAAUACGAAACCAUUACCGCUUCUACCUCGCUUGUGUGCGAUCAGGUGUCGGAAAUGCUACUGAGUUUUCGCUAACGCACUGCGCUCCAAUCAUGCUGGAUUCCAUAAUGUGUAUUGAAAACGUGUGCAGUAGUUCGCUGCAAAUAUAGUGACUGGCAUAUUAAGGAAUGUAAUGAAUAUGUGUGGCCAAAUUGUCGAAACGCUGCUGCAACUGUCCAUAAGUGUUUCCUGCACUUAGAGAUGUACGGCUUUCCUCGAGCAUACAGACAUUUGCUCAUCAGCCAGCGUUGUAUCGCUAACCAUCAGAGAAAUGGUUUAAUCUCAGGAACGUCAGCAAGAGCAAAUACUGCUCGUUAAACAAUCAUAAAGGGAGUAGCGUCGCUUAUUGUCAUAGUAAGUUUCGGGCACAAUAUCUACACACCCGGACUAGCACGAAAACUUACGCCCACUCUAUCGCCAACGUGUCAAGAAUAAGUGAAUGGGCGCUCACUUGAAUAUAUGCGCACUAUAUACGCACAAUAAAUCACAGUAUAUACUACACCGAUAGCGCACGAAUGGUCGAAGCUGAAUGUUUCGUGACGGUCCACAAGAGUAAGCUAGUUACUAGCAAUAACACAUCUUUGUUACAAGGUGUUACAAUUAUAAAGGUGUUUAUUUGGCAGAGCUCGAAGCAGCGCAACAUCGACGGGCAGGGCAGCCACAGCUUCCAAGCACGAGAGCCGUUGCCGCGCGCUCGAUUCACCCAGUUGAGUGCAGUAAGAACAAAGCACACCGGUGACCGAUUAGGGAGAAAAUAAUCCGAUAGUGACUGAAAAGUACUGAAAAUUGGUUGCUAUUCAUCAUGAAACUGCAGCGCACGCAAGAGUAACGAGGACACAAGGCAAAGCUAACACACGGCUGCUGACUCAGUUUAUUGUGGAGGGAAGUUGCAUACAUCAGGCACAAUAAAGUGCGCAUGUGAAAGAGCAUGCGGAAUAAAAAUAAUACAGGUAUUCAAGAAAAAUAUCUGCGUAGCUUAACAAAAUCAAGUGGUGCUCAAGAAGGCAAAUUCCUGGUCAGUUGUGGCUAUAGGUGGCUCACUUACGCACAUGUCAGCACGCUUUUUGACAUGGUGUUAGGCUGCUGACGUGUGUGUGUGUGUGUGUGUGUGUGUGUGUGUGUGUGUGUGUGUGUGUGUGUGUGUGUGUGCGUGUGCGUGUGCGUGUGUGUGUGUGUGUGUAUGCGUGCGUGCGUGUGUGCGUGCGUGCGUGCGUGCGUGCGUGCGUGCGUGCGUGCGUGCGUGCGUGCGUGCGUGCGUGCGUGCGUGCGCAUUUAACUUCACUACAAAAUAAACUGACUUGCGAGUCACCUAACCGUGACAAGCCGUGCUUCACAAUGUUUGCCGAAUAAAGAACGAAGAGGCCCGCCGUGGUUGCUCAGUGGUUAUCGUGUUGGGCUGCUGAGCAUGAGGGCGCGGGAUCGAAUCCCGGCCACAGCGGCCGCAUUUAGAUGGGGGCGAAAUGCAGACAACACCCGUGUACACGUUAGGUACGCGUUAGGUACGCGUUAGGUACACGUUAAUAGGCACACGUUAAUUAUUUUGUUAGACGUUAAUAAGCCCCAGGUGGUCCAAAUUAAUCCGGAGUCCCCCACUACGGCGUUCCUCAUAAUCAGAUGGUGGUUUUUGCACGUAAAAGCUCAUAAUUCUUUUCAAGAACGAAGAGCAAGACACACUAAUUCUGGUUAAAUUCAUGAGCGGAAUGCUUGGAUAGCUUCCAAUUGCAUAUUUAGCUCCGAUUUUAGAACAAGCACCAUAUACGCUGCUCGCGCUGUUUGGACGACACUUAAUGAGCUCCGAAAGCGCUUGUACAUGGCCUCUGAGCCAAAGCUUCGUGUCGUCCACCCAGUCAGCAUCUACGAUAUCUCCCGACACGGAGGUUUCCGGAGCCGCACCGGCGUCACGCACAUCCAUUGUAAACACGGAUGCAACGAAGGCAGUUGAGGCAAGCAAUGGACGCGUGACCACGUGAUAAGACAUGGCAGCGCCCACAGGAUCGCCGCGAAGAAGGUCAAUAUAUACGCUGAUCGUGUACUUGAGGAGUCUGAAAAGUAUGUCUAUUAGGCAAUCACACGUAGGGUGGGAAAUCUGAAUUGCUUGUAUUACAAAUUGCGUCAAAAACAAAAGUUGACUCGCCAUCCUGACCCUACGAAAGUGUAUGUCCAGCGAAGCUGUUUCAAAACCACUACACCUGUUGGUGGGUGUAUAUAGAAAUGUUAUACUUGAGAGCAGUGAUGAUAGUCGCGCUGUGGCCGUUUCUGACUCAGACCGGCCUAGCAGUGCUACAACGGGAGCGGCGAUCAUCCAGCACGGCAAUUAUGGAUUUGCCUAAACUUAGUCCUUCUGGCUUCAAACGGCUUCGUGACUUUGUAAACUCGUCAUUUUCAACAAUGUACUGUGUAAUACAUAAAUAAACGUUAAUGGAAAUGUUCGACGGUAGGAUUCGAACAUCCAGUACAGUAGCCCGAUAUUGAAACCAUUACGCCACGGAUGCAUGCAUCGAGAAGCGGCAUAGAACGCCCGUCUAGUCAUCAAAUAUGUGCUUCGGAUGCUAGUUUUUUUAUUGAAACGGAUGCUGUUCAAUAUGUUGAAUGCGUGAUGCCAAAGAAUGUAUGCACUUUUUCGCUUCACUCUGCUGAGUGCUUGAAACCGGCUUCACCUCCGCCGUGGAUCGGCCUGGUGUACUUCCGGGAUCGGCCCACAUCUUGCCCACGGACGUGGAUGCCGACCAACGAGAGGCUGACAGCUUCGCUGCAAAAGGAAAACAAAAAAAUCCUUAUCUUUCCAUGACCUGCAAUUAGUCCAAAGAAAAUCGAUGGUGAAAUGCACAGUGCUGUGUACUUCAGGACGUCAUUAAAAUGUGCUAGUGGGGACACGCCCGUUUCAUUUUUAUUUAUUUAUUUUAUUUACGAGGUUUCUGCUGGCCUUAGACUAGAGAGAGAGAGAGAUAAAUGAGAUGGGAAAGGCAGGGAGGUUAACCGGAAGGUAGGUAUCCAGUUUGCUACCCUGCACUGGGGAAGGGGUAAGGGGAGACAGAAAGAUAAAGAAAAAUGCACACACAUAGAAAGAGAGGGUGAUCAGAAAAAAAAAACACAUACACACGCACACACACUUAGCUAAGGCCGUAAGCAGGACUGGGCAGUGCGACAAUGCCUCGCUGAUUGAAGAAAAUACAUUACAGCACAAUUCAACGUUAUACAAAAGUGUUGCACAAAAAGAAACCCACUCUACACGCGCAAUUAGGAACAUAGUGAAAUUCAAUAUAGAAAUAAAAUUGUUAUGGUAAUCAAAUUGUGGUUAUCGCCAAGAUUCAUCCUUCUUUACAAACACGACAGGUGUGAGCGUGGCCUAGUGGACGGCAUUGUGACGCUAUCUCCUAGCAGAGCUUUCAGUUGCGUCUUGAUUUUCGCGCGCUUAACCGCCGUUACGCGUCCAGUCAUUUAGUGAACCGGCAGAUUGCGAUACAGGAGUGAUGCGUGAUUGAGCAAGUCUAUGAGCUAGCUAGUCUACAGCUAAUCAUAUUGCUAAGCAAUGUGUCCAUUAUUGGUAUUUAAAGCAACUUGGAAACGUUAGGUAUAUUACAAUAAUCUCCGCUAUGUGCUGCAGUAUUCACAAUUUCGAAACGUCGCAACAAAAUCAGCUCACUCAAGCUGUGCAGACCCAUGGCGCUCGCUUUUCGUCUCGCUGUGCGUGCUACUGUUUCCUGGCGUUGAAGACGAUUCUUGACAGGCGAAGCAAAUGGGAGAAAUAAGAGCGUCAAAGUUGCAGAAAAAGAAGACAGCUAAGGAGCGCUUGGUAUUUAUUCCAGGAUGGUCAGUACAAGUGUGGAGAGCCACCAUGCUUUAAAAGAGAUUUUUAAGAAUUCGUUUCAAUUCUCCCUUAGAAUAUUCAGCGUGUUCCUUGCUCGAACACCUUUGUUUUAUUAGCCUAUGAAAGUAAUAUUACACAAAAAUUUUACUCAAUGAGAAGAAGCUCGAGACCAGCUCUUUGACAAACUUGGCUGAAAUAAAUGUGAACGCUCAUUCCAUCACACCCGACGAAUGGAACGCGGUGCACGAACAGCUAAUGACAUACAAAUCAGUAACACGAUCCCUAAUUUUCUAAACAGCCUUCUUAGAAAUGACACUUCACACGAGCACGUUGCAAGCACUGAGCAUGCUAAGUGAUGCGUUACAACAUUGCUAAAGUAGAUACUGGGGCGAGUUGGAAUUUAAACGUAAAAGAAGGACACUUACACGGUGCUUGUUUUACUGGUGUUUCGUGUUUCGCGCUGUUUUAAAUUCCAACGUCCCUUGUAUUUGUAUUUCCUUAUUGCCUUUGCAUCUUUCUGUUUGUAUGUAUGCAUACCUCUGAUAACUGAAAGUGUAUUAUAGUUGAUACGUUGUAUAUGACAUAGCUUACGUGAUACCUAUGUAAUGUAUAUACAAAAGUUUGAGGGUUUUUUUUUUUUGAUUCUACGUAGGUACGUGUGUUAUUAUUUUUGGGUUAUAAUAGAUUUACUGCUGUUUUUUGAACAAUGCUGGUUUGUUAAAGUGUCCAUUAUGUACGAUCUAUGAAAUUACCAUAAGCUGACCAUAGGGCAGCUUUUUCUGUCAAACCAUCAUGUAGAUUGAAUAAAGUGAAUGAAAUCUUCGGACUUAGCUGGAAGGCAAA